CUUUUUUGAGUUAAUCUACCGAAAGAUAGUCAACGACAACUACCUUUACGCCCGAGUUUCAAAGGUUAUUGAAGACAAGUCAAAGUUGUCUGAAGAGCACAUCCCUAUGCUUACUGAUAUCCUUGGAGAUGAAGAUAAGGCUAAAGAGGUCGUUGAAGCUGGCAAAGCAUCUAUGGAUUCUUGGUGCUGAGAAAGCACUUUUCAGGGCGUUGAAGACACGUGGAAACACACCCAAGUAUGGUCUGAUAUUCCACUCUUCAUUCAUUGGCCGUGCAUCUGCUAAAAACAAGGGACGUAUUGCUCGUUACCUAGCAAACAAGUGCUCGGUUGCUUCCCGGAUUGAUUGUUUCGCUGAUAGCAGCACUACAGCUUUUGGUGAGAAACUUAGGGAACAAGUGGAGGAGCGACUAGAGUUUUAUGACAAAGGUGUUGCCCCACGUAAGAAUGUGGAUGUAAUGAAAGAAGUGCUGGAAAGUCUUGAGAAGAAAGAUGAGGGAGAAGCAAUAGCAGUGGAGGCCUCAGAGAAGAACAAGAAGAAAGAUAAGAGAAAGACAGAGGAAAAGGAUGAGGGAGAAGAUGGGGAGAAAUCAACGAAGAAGAAGAAAAGCAAAACAGUAGAAGAGGAAGACAAGUCACAGAAGAAAAAGAAGAAGAAAACUAAGUCACAAGGUGAAGAAUAUACCAAGACAGGUGUAGACACCAUAUUCACCAGUUGA